GUUGGAGCAUCCUGUGUCACGGCCAAAGCCGGGACGGAGCUGCCUCGGCGGCCUCCUGCCCAGUUCGCAUCUCUCUCGGCCUGCUGUCGACAUCGUCGUCGCCGUCACCACACUCCUGUAAAGCAUGGACAGGGAGAGAGAAGAGGCAAGUACCCGCUGCACCGGGCCGACGCUGCAUGCUGGCUAUCACAUCGACCCGAACAACACCCGAGUGCUCAUGUCUAUCGCAACCACAGGGUCUCCGUGAAGCUGCCGCCGUCGGCAACCUGCGCGCAGUGCAGUCUUAUCUCCAUGCCGGCGUCAACGUGAACUCCCAGCAUGCCAUGAACAAGUGGAGCCCCCUUCACUGGGCAUCGCAGCGCGGCCAUGCCGAAGUCGUGCGGUACCUGAUUGCGCAUGGGGCGGAUCGCGAGGUCCGGAACAGCAAAGACCAGACGGCCCUUGACCUGGCCAAGUCGAGCGAGGUUCAAAUUGCCUUGGGUGUCGGCGAGUCUCGUGAUGUGGACAGCACCCCCAAGGGCGACUCGACCGAUGAAAAGUUUGUCCCGAAUUACCUCCGCAACCCUGAACUGGCCAAACUCUGGAGCACCCCUGAAGAGCUCACCGAUUACAGCAAGCUAUUUUCUCGGUCCAGCAACGAAAGCACCCAAGCGGAGCCGUCGAACGCUCCCCAGCAGCAGCAGCAGCAGCAGCAGCAACACCGAGAUCAAGCACAACCCAACUCACAUCCAGAACUCCUCGCUGCUCCUUCGGCUUCUCCAUUGCUGGCUUCUGGCCCGCAGAACGUCCCCCAAGAGCUUGGCGAGCUACUGGUUUACCAUCGUGAGGCAAACGGAAACGCAUCGGCCAAUUUGUUGGGUGCCAUCUUCUAUCCACCGUCGCGAACAAUUGAGCAGGCGCUCGAACAGAUCCAACACGAAUUGGACUGGCUCGAUGGGAGCACCGUUUCGGUCGAAGCCCUAAGCGAGGCAAACCAGGGCCUCAAGCUGUUCCGGCGGACACAGAGCGGCAUCGAUAUCCCGAUCGGCCGGAAGCAGUAUCGGCAGCUACUUUCGCUGCAUUUUCGAAAUUCGGGUGACCAGCUCGUGAUUCAGACUGCGGUGCAAUCCAAAUGAAGAAAUCGCGGAUUACAUGGUGCUUCA